CAGGGAUUACAGUCGGGAGAUUUGGAAUUAUGUAUUCUGUCCCUUGAACUGAACGCCACGUCUCCCGUGAAUCUCGAUGGCGGCUGCGGUGGCCGCUAAGCACCAGGCCUACAGGAGUCUGCGGGAACUCCCCGUCAACGUGUACUUCGGAGAUGAUGAACAGUAUGACACCGACCUUGACACUGAGCACGUGCUGGCUGAACAAGAAAUUCCCAAGGUAGACGACUCCUACAUCGGGGCCAGCAGGUAUACAGCAGCAUGCAAGUUCCACGAGAUCAUACCUCAGUCCAAGAUCCUGGACAGCCUGCCGGGGACGGUGAUAAACAUACGGAACCGCACCCUGGGGUCCAAGCAUAUCAAGGCGUUAGCAGAGGCGCUGAAGAAAAACACGACCGUUCAGGUGCUGAUAUUAGAAGGUAAUACCAUGGAAGGCGAGGGGAUCCAGGAAGUCUGCGAGAUGCUCACAGAAAACGACUUCAUCACGGAAGUGAACUUGAGUCGAAACCGUCUUGGCAGUCGGCAUUCCCUGCUCAAUGGUCCAUACUAUAUCAGUGAUAUGAUGAGAAAGAACAACACCCUCACCCAUCUGGAUCUCUCCUAUAACGACCUCACCGAGAACGACGCCAUGUUUAUAGCGUUUGGGAUGGAGGGAAACUUUAGAAUAUCGCAUUUAAACCUCAGCCAUAAUGACUUCGAGGAAGGCGGCGCUCAGUAUAUUGGAAAAGCGCUCAUGGAAAAUCGCUCAAUAGAAACGCUCAACCUCAGUUGGAAUCAUAUCAGGAGAAAAGGUGCUGUUAUUAUUGCGCGUGCGUUACAGUCAAACAAAAAUCUGACCCACGUGGAUCUCUCGUGGAAUGGGUUCGGUUACGAAGGUGCUUUGGCUCUGGGUCAAGCCCUGAAGCGGAACAAGUAUAUGAAAGAGCUGGAUAUCACCAAUAACAGGAUCAACUGGGCCGGGGCGCAGUUCCUGGCCAACGGCAUUAAGAAGAACGAAACCUUGGAGACGCUCAGGAUUGGCCUGAACCCUAUCAGUACAACGGGUGCCUUGGACAUCCUGGAGGCCGUCGCAAAGGACAAAUGUAACAUAACGCUGCUGGACAUGAAGGGUGUCCCAGUCAUCGGAGAGUUUGACUUCAUGUCCUCUACUCUGAAGCAAAGCCGACCUGGAUUCAGGUGUAUUCAUGGCGCCAUUGUCCUCUUCCCUGACCCUCUCGGGGAGAGACUGGCUAAACCAGUGGACCCCAUGCGGAAGGUCAUUGAGAUGAUGACCAAACACAAGCUGCGGCCUCUGGAGAUGUUCAAGAAUUUCGACAAAGAGGGACUGUUUAUGAUGGGUCACGGAGGCUUCAAGAAUAAACUGAAAGAUGAAAUGAAGAAAAACGAGAUGUUCCUGACACGUGGAGAACUCCAGGAAGUGAUUAACCUGAUGGAGAACAAGGCAGGGUCAGAGUUCGGAGAGGAGGGCAAUCUGAACUUUGUCAAACUGUCACAGGGUGUAAAAGAACAAAAAAGACAAGAACGCAUGGAAAAAUCAAAAGCUGCUGCAAAGAAAAAGAAACUGAGAGACUACCAUGACAAAAUCCUGGGCGCAGAGGAACCGGACCUGCCCCCAGAAUCCCCGCCCCCUCCAGAGCUUCGUCCAAUGAGCGCGGGUCUCCCAGACCGAGGUUAUUCACCCAAGACAACCCGCAGUGGAAGUAAGCCUAUCAUAGGCUCGAGUACUCCUCGCAUGUUCUCUCUACCACGGCCACCUGUGAAGAUUCUGUCCAUGUCAGACCCACUCGGAGUCAAAAAGGGAAAGAAGAAAAAGAAAAAGUGACGAAACGUAACGAAACGUCUUGUAGAUAUAUUUUGUACACUGACUACUGCUGUGAAAACAUUGAAAUAUUGCAUGUAUCAUUAUACACUGUAGCAGUGUACUUGCAUGCACCUUGGUACUCGGAAUUUGAAGAAAGUGUUGGAUCUUGAGAUUAGAUGGCUAAGGAACAAGAGAGAAAUUGUGUGAAGUCACAUUUGUAAAGAGAAGCAAAGAGAAUAUGAUUUUCAUCGACGAAGACCAGAGACUCAUUGUUUGGGUCUUUUUACGCUCGUAUUGUGAUAUAAAUGUUAUUUUCGUCUAAAUGUGUUUUGUAUUUCUGCGAAAUGAUU